GUUGAAAACGCAGCUAGUUGACUUUCAACAGCUGAGGGAGGUUUAAUGGCUUGAUACACACGUUGUAACUUGCAUAUUUUCAUAGAAAAAAACCAUGAAUUUUAUCAGGACUCGCCUUUCCAUUGGCAACUUUAUAGGUCAGAGGUGCAGACAGGUCACUGAAACAUGGAGCCACAGAGGGAUGUGCACUAAACCACAGGAGGUCAAAGCAGAGCCUCCACCUUCAGUCCCAGCAAAACCAUAUACUGCAGGGUUCAAACUCCCAGGCUACAAACCCUCAAAUCUGGACAGGAAGAUUCUGAUCUGGUCGGGACGUUUUAAGACGCCCGACCAGAUACCUGAGUUUGUUUCGUUUGAAAUGAUUGAUGCUGCCAGAAACAAAGUCAGAGUGAAAGUCUGCUACAUAAUGAUAGCGGUCACAAUGGGGGCCUGUUUGCUGAUGGUAGUCCUGGGCAAACGGGCUGCACACAAUAACGAAUCCUUGACGAGUAUGAACAUGGCGAAGAAAGCUAAAUGGAGGGAAGAAGUAGAAAGAGACAAGGGAGCUGCUGUUGCUGUCCUGUCUGAGAAGGCGCAGUGAUGAGACAAUCCCCUCCUAAUACCGGCCCAAUAGCAUCCCCGUUAUUUACGUGUCAGUUUCCUUCCCAGAGGGCGACCAAAGGAAAUCAGAGCAGUUGAUAGUUAAUGGUUUGGCAACUUGGAGAUUGAACACAACUAUGGAUUCUUUAAUCGUUUUUGAAAGCCAAUGUCAGGUUUUUAUCCUUUUCUGUGAAUAUAAUCGGGUUAUAAACUGGCACCUGUUUUGAGGAAAGGGUGAUAGCAAAUUAUUAUGGUGUCAGAAUGUGGUUGUAUUAGGAGAGUGGAAACACAGCUGGACUUUACUUCGUACUUUGACAGAGGCUGUAGGAGUUUGACGAAUUCUUUACAUUUACUACACAGCAAAAUAAUGAUUUGCAGAUAAAUCAGACGCCAAUUAAGUUUUCUAUUGAUUAUUGCUUCUAGUAAACUUUCAACACAUACCUCUUAAGAUCUCAAAGAUGAAUACCUUAGGUAUUUCUGUUUUGAUAUUUGCCUCAGAGGCAACAGCUCACCUUGUCAAAUGGUCUUCAGUGUUGUGACAUCCAUGUUUGUAUAUAGUGAGCACCACAAUAUAAAUCAAUAAAGAGUUCUCUUCUUGACAA